ACUUUAUCUUUCCACUUCGCUUCUUACUAUAGUUUUCGAUAAGAUACUAAACAAAGUUUAUUAGUAUUUACUCUUGCACUUCGAAAUGUUCCUUGUCGUUCUGUUGAUUUCUAACGCUUUGGGUGUUUCAGCGUUGAACUGUUACACGUGCAAAACAACGGAAAAUGAAAAUGACAAGCGAUGCAUAACGAAUCCAGGAGCUGUAGAGGGGAACGCGAUUACAAAUUGUAACAAGAACUAUUGCACAACGGUUCGCGUUGAAUAUACUGAUCCGAAGGACAGGGUGCAAUCUAUGAGUCGAGAUUGCGUAGACAAACCCAUCUACAGCAAUCAAGUAAUCGAGGACGCUACGUACCGCGUCUACUACACGUCGUGUCGAGCUGAUUUGUGCAACGGAGGCACUGGCAAGGAUAUAUCGAUCGGUGGUGGAAUGAUUCACAGUGAUGGAGUUGCGGUAGUGCUUUACGUACUAGGACUAGAACAAAGUUCCGGAUUGUCAGCCGGUAUAUCGAAUGUAAUGCUUUUCUUAGGCAUAAACACGUUAUUGUUAACACGUUACAUUUUAUUGUGACACAUAUAUAAUGUAAAUAUUGUUAAUAAAUAUCUUUAAUGUA